AUGGAGACAUACCACGGAUAUGUACGUACUCCAGCUGAUGCCAUCAAGCUGUUCGAGGCUUGCCGGCUAGGUCUUCUACCUCGCGUGCAACGACGACUCUCAGAAAAGGAAAGACAGUCCAUCAGAUCCGGCUCGGUCUUUGUAUGGGAUGAGCGAGAAGCUGGCAUGAGGCGCUGGACCGAUGGCAAAUCAUGGAGCGCCAGCAGAGUAUCCGGCAGCUUUUUGACGUACCGCGAAAUGGAAGGCAAGCGAGGUGGCGGUUUCGGCGGAGGGAGACGAGGCAACGGCAAGACUCCCGAAUCUGGUCGCGGUAGUGACGAAGAUCACGACGAUGGCGAACCUGAAGGAUACCGAUACAAGGCCGAUGGUCUUAUGAAGCAGUCUUUUAGCAUUACGACCUCGACUGGCCAGCAUUUGCACUUGAUAUCUUACUACUCCCGACCGCAGCCUGGACAGCCAGAACUGCCGCAACCGACCACCGACCCGACUCUGCGAGGGAUUGUACCUGUCAAGGGCAUGUAUCCCGAGUCGAGCAUGGGCGAGACAAACCAGACACCGGCACUUACGAGAGCCCCAAUGCAGCAGCCGUACAUGAUUGCUCCUCAGCAUCACCACGCUCACCCAGGACACCAGCCUUACGCCCCCCAUUAUGCGCAGCCAGGCUACGGGUGGCCUCCAUCGCCAGUUGCUACGCCUCCCUACGGACAUUACGCUCCCGCGCCUUAUCCUCCUGCUGGCCACCACCUCCCUCCGCCUUACGCCUCGCCAGCCCCUCCGCCAGCGCACCAUGGCUAUAUCACGGCAGCUCCGCCGCCAUCACAUCACUACGCACACGUCCCGCCACCACCUCACAGUUACGAGCGCACUUCAUUGCCUCCUCUGCAGAAUCCCCCGAAGCCACCCUCUGGGCCUUUGUACCACAGUCAGCCAUACUCACAGGGACCCACCCCGCCGCGAAUUCACGACUCUCCUCACCAACAAACGCUGCAAGCCGCUGCCCAAGCUGCCAUUGGUGACUCCCGGACAUUGGGUGACAAGAAGCCGCAGGGCCCUCUCCCGGCCCUGGGCCCGAUUGCCAACGGAUCUGGAGCUCCUCAGCAUAACGGUCUGCACACUCCUCCAAACCGGACAAUGAGCGCCAGUCCGCCCCAGAGCUCUCACUUGGAGACCCACAGUGCUGGCGGCAAUAAGGCGAGCUUGUCCGCUCUGUUACAUCCUACUCCGGCCCCAAAUGCUGAAUCUGGUGCCAAUGGCAGCGCCCAUAGCAGCCCAAGAACUGGCAACGUCGCUCUCGCAGAAAAGGGUGGCGCGAGCGAAGAUGCCCGAGCACUGAGAAUGCUUGAUCGAAAGUUCUGCAUCUAG